AUGCAAAUUCGCCACCUAUUGAUCUCUUGGGGACUCCAACUUCGUGCGGUGUUGCCAAUUUCGGGAUGCAAUGAGGAUUUUCCAGAUUGGUGCAAGUGGGGUGGUAUGUUUGUGGAAUUUGGACAAAAGGUAAAGUUUGUGAUAGUUGAUUUGGGGUUGAAUGAUAUGGGGGAGGGGAAGUUUGGGGUUCUUUGGAAGCGGAAGUGGCUGCUGUGA